AUGGCGUUUGCUGGGACAAAUAUCAGUUUGUCCCAGCCGGAUAUCACGCAGAAACUAACGGAGCGCAUAGACGACCUGAAGCAAAAGAUUGCUGCUUGGGGGAAGCGGAUUCGCCGAUUUACUGAGAGGUCAAGGCGGUUCAACCAGAAUCGUCUCUUCCAGAGUGAUCAGAAGAGGCUCUACAAAUCAUUGGAGCGACCAGAGGUAUGUGGAGCGGGCCCAGGACCGGACCAGGCUAACACUGUCGCAUUUUGGCGUGGCCUGUGGUCAGAGCCCGUAAACCACAGCGAGGGCCCUUGGACGGAAGUUGUGGCGAGUCAGUGUGCGAGGAUUACGCCCAUGGACCCCGUCAUCAUAACGCCGGAUGACGUAGCUGAGGCGGUCCGUAGAGCCCCGAACUGGAAAAGUCCGGGACUCGACGGACUGCAUCACUACUGGCUGAAGGGGUUCAUGGUGUGUCACGCUGUGCUCGCCCGUCAGUUUCAAGAGGCUCUCAACCAGAAGUCGCUCCCUAGCCUCUUCACUACUGGGAUCACUCAUUUGGUUCCUAAAGACCAGGAAGGAAAUAAAUAA